UGCAGGCCUGUCCACAGAAAACCAACCACUUCGCAAUCUUGGGGCGGGGGGAGCCCCGCCUCUUCUCCGCACCUCGCACCCGCCAAAGGACGAGCUAAAUGGUUGUCCUGCGCACCCCCAAAGGCUGCCUCCCCACGCGAGCAGCCUGCCCCUGGCCAGGUCAUGUUUGCAUUUGAAGAAUUCAGUGAACAGAGUAUCUGCCAAGCUCGGGCCUCUGUGAUGGUCUACGAUGACAGCAGUAAGAAAUGGGUGCCCAUCAAACCCGGCCAGCAGGGCUUCAGCCGCAUCAACAUCUACCACAACACUGCCAGCAACACCUUCAGAGUCGUGGGCGUCAAGCUACAGGAUCAGCAGGUUGUGAUCAAUUAUUCAAUCGUGAAAGGACUGAAGUACAACCAGGCCACACCCACCUUCCACCAGUGGCGAGACGCCCGCCAGGUCUACGGCUUGAACUUUGCGAGCAAGGAGGAGGCCACCACAUUCUCCAACGCCAUGCUCUUCGCUCUGAAUGUCAUGAACUCCCAGGAAGGAGGCCCCUCCACCCAGCGGCCGGUACAGAAUGGCCCCUCUCCGGAUGAGAUGGAUAUCCCCAGAAGACAAGUGAUGGAGCACCAGCAGCAGCAGCGUCAGGAGUCUCUGGAGAGACGGGCCUCUGCCCCAGGGCCCAUCCUCCCACCAGGGCACCCCUCAUCGGCAACCAGCGCACCCCUCUCCUGUAGCGGGCCUCCACCCCCGCCUCCACCACCUGUCCCUCCCCCACCCACGGGGACCACCCCUCCGCCCCCGCCCCCACUGCCAGCAGGAGGUGCACAGGGGACCAGUCAUGACGAGAGCUCCGUGUCUGGACUGGCCGCUGCCCUGGCUGGGGCCAAGCUGCGGAGAGUCCCAAGGCCAGAAGAUGCAUCUGGAGGCCCCAGCCCCAGCGGGACCAAGACAGACCCCAACCGGGCGAGCAGUGGGGGUGGCGGAGGAGGCCUCAUGGAGGAGAUGAACAAGCUGCUUGCCAAGAGGAGGAAAGCGGCCUCCCAGACAGACAAGCCGGCUGACAGAAAGGAAGACGAGAGCCAAACAGAAGACCCCAGCCCCUCGCCGUCACCAAGUACCCGCACAGCUGGUCCGCCUGCGAAUGCCCCAGAGGCCGGCCGGAAGCCCUGGGAGCGCAGCAACUCUGUGGAGAAGCCGGUAUCUUCAUUGCUGUCCAGAACCCCGUCCGUGGCCAAGAGCCCCGAAGCUAAGGGCCCCCUCCAGUCACAGCCUCACCCUAGGAUGAAGCCGGCCGGGAGCGUGAAUGACGUGGCCCUGGAUGCCUUCGACUUCGACCGGAUGAAGCAGGAGAUCCUGGAAGAGGUGGUCAGAGAGCUGCACAGAGUGAAGGAGGAGAUCAUUGAGGCCAUCAGGCAAGAGCUGAGCGGAAUCAGCACCACCUAGCCAGCCCGCCGCCACCACCAGAACAGGAGCAGCCUCUCCUGAGAGCCGUCCACAGCGAGGGCCGUGCGAUUCCUGGGUUUGAUGUGGUUUUCAUUUUUUUAGAUUCUACCUGACAGCACCCACCGGCCUCCUCAUCUCUUUUGUAUUUUAUAUUUGCUUAUUUAAAUGUCUGUUUGUUCUGCCCCUCCAGCGAAGCCCCCCAUCAAUCGCCAUCAGAUGGCAGCCCCUAGAGGGCGCUCCGCCCGGGUGCCGCCCUUCCCCGCGGAAGCGUCCCUGCGGGUGUCCGUGUCCACAUGGGUAAUAAACUGUCCACUGUCCACUUGC